AUGACUCUUCUCCACCAUCUCCCGAUCCUAGGCCUAGCAACCGCAGCCCUGUCCGCACCACAUACCCCCAAACACGCGCCAAGAGCUUCGAUCCCAUCAGACUGUCUCACAGUCGGCGGAGGCGGAACAUACUCAACAAUCGCUGACGCAGUCGCCGCACUAAGCUCUUCCAAUUCCGAGGCCUGCAUCUCCAUCGCAGCCGGGACGUACGAGGAACAACUAACCUUCGAAUAUGGCGGGCCAUUAACCCUCUACGGCGAGACAACAGACUCAAGCAGCUAUAAUGGGAACACGGUCACUAUAACCCAUACAAUGACGUCCACUGAAGCCGGGAGCCUGGUGGCCAGUGCGACCGUCAACGUCGCUAUGGAUGACUUUGCCAUGUACAAUAUCAACGUUGUGAAUGGGUAUGGGAAGGGGACUCAGGCUGUUGCACUGGCAGCUAGUGGAGAACGUCAGGGCUACUACGGCUGCCAGUUCAUCGGGUACCAAGACACGCUCUACGCACGCGAGGGGAUCCAGUACUACUCUAAUUCCUACAUCGAAGGUGCAACGGACUACAUCUUCGGCGACGCCAGCUCGUGGUACGAGAACUGCGACAUCGUCUCCUCAGGCAAGGGGUACAUAACCGCGAUGAGCCGGGAAACAGACACCGACCCCUCAUGGUACUGUUUCAACAACUGCAAUAUCUCCGGGAAAUCCGGGACAGAUCUCGCGGAACAGGUGUACCUCGGUCGACCGUGGCGGGUGUUUGCGCGGGUGAUAUACCAGAACUCGCAGCUUAGCGGGAUUAUCCACCCCGAUGGGUGGACGACGAUGGCGGAGGGGGCGACGCCACUGUAUUAUGAGAUUGGGAAUACGGGGGAUGGGGCUGAUACGUCGGAGAGGAAGUACACGACUGAGAUUGGGGCGGCGGUGGAUAGGGAUACGGUGUUGGGGAGUGGGUGGGGGGAUUGGGUUGAUGGGGAUUAUUGA